UUUUUUUUUUUUUGGCGGAGAUAAAAGUAAUCAGCAAUGUCAGAAGGCCUUGUGCAAUUGCAGAGGAAAGUCGAAUCCUAUUCUUGUCUUCUUGUUCUGACACGUUUUAAGUUUCCCCUCCCUAAUUGACAACACGCCCUUACCAACGGGCCGGUCAAGUCAUCUUGAACACCAUCAUCACGAGUAUCUGGAAGUACAUUCUUUUCUCCUUGUCAUCAAACGCUCUUUCUCUCAUCACUCUUCAUCACCUCCCACGCCCUUCUCCUUGUUUCUUUAUUCAUCCGGGCGAGUCUUCUCUUGUUCUACCACACCUUUAUUUCUUAACGCGACCUGAUCCACCACCGUCGAGAUGACCGACAACCUGCGCGACAUCCCAGAGUUCAUCGAGCGGGAAUUGGGCGAGUCCCUCCAGGCCAGAACAGAUGCCCUGAGCACCUUCAAGGAACUGGGUGCACCCGACCUCUGCCAUAUCAUCAAGGUCAAUGUCAAGCCUAAUGUCAAGGAGACCAGCUCCUAUCACUACGUCUCCGGUAUUGAUGCCUCGUCCUCGGCUAGCCUUGCUGCAUACCUGAACUCGCUGACAUAUGCCAUUGACGAGUCGCAUGCAUGGUUCUCCAAGGGUGUACAAUGGCGCAUCCGUUCCGGGGUCUACUGCUGUUACAAUGCAUUCUCUCGCGUCGAUGUUCGCGUAGAGGUCAAGAUCCCAGGAGGUGUCGAGAGUUAUGCUGUCAACAUCAGAGGCGAAAGACAAGAGGCAACAGCGGCGAUCUGGCAAGAGACGUACGUGACAGCCAUGCUACGGUCAGUUCUGUACUCAGAUGAUGUCAACUAUCGUAUUCCUGGAUUCCGCAAGCUGGACCCCAUCCCUGACGUGGAUGCGGAGAACCGGUUCUUUGAGGCAGCAGAGCAGUUGUUCUUCAAGGGCUGGCUCCUCGGCAGCAGCCCUGAGAUCCAGGUGCCGACCAUCGUCAACAACCACCUCACCGCUGCAAUCAUGAAGUACUGCCAGGAGAGUUUCCGGUAUGAUCUUGGGGUCAAAUUCUUUGAGCGCUUGUUCAAACGCGAACCCGAGGUUGCCUCCUUACUGGCACAGUCCUACAUUGGAACUGAUGAGGAGCUCAAAGCCAUCAAUGUUUUGUACCAGGCACUGAAGCAGUUCCCACAGAGCUAUGCCUUACUGCACGUGCAGGCGGACUUUUUGAGAGGCAAAGGAAAACUGGAGAUGGCACUUCGUCUUGCUAAGCAGGCUGUCAACUGCGCGCCUUCUGAAUUCAUCACCUGGGCCAAGCUGACUGAGGUCUACAUUGAUCUGGGCGACUAUGAAAGUGCCCUGCUGACCCUCAACUCGUGCCCAAUGUUCACAUUCAAUGAGAGGGACUUGCAGAGGAUGCCAAAGCCAGCCAAAGCCCAUCUUCCCAUUCGCAAUGACAUUGACCUGUCUUUGAUUGACGAUGAAACGGGCCGCGAGCAUGAGGCUGACCCUGCAUUGCUGCGUCUUCCUGCGCCAUCAUUGCGUGGAACAUUUGCCAGCGCCUACAACCUUUUAACUCGCUUGGUGUCGAAGAUCGGCUGGGACGAACUCUUGCGAUGCCGCUCACUUGUCUUCGUCAUGGAGGAAGAAUACCGCAUGCAAAAGGAGGCUGAGGAAAACAUUCGCAAGGGUAGUCAGGCCAGGUCGAAGAGCCAUGAUGAGGGCGUCCCCGAAGUCGUGCCUGCAAGAGAUCAGCUUUUGUCGCCCAAUGGAACGCCUAUCCCGAUCAUUAAGAUCUCUACUGAAUCUGAACGUGAGCGCGAGCGCGAGCAGGAGGAGGCUGAGGAAGAGGAGAGAGUCAAGGCCGUGGAGGAGGCAGCUGCAAAGGCGGUAGAUGAGAAUCCGGAUCAGUCGAUGGAAGACAUCAAGUUGGACGACCUCUCGUUGAGCAGUGAUAAGGAUCAGGAGGAGGGAGAUCAAAACGAGAAGAAGACAAACGACGAAGUGACAGAGGCGGAGAAAGAGGCGGAAGCUGGAACUGAAGCAGUGGCCGAGAUUUCAGAGGAGUCAGCUGAGGAGGAAGUCCAAGAUACUCCGAUCAAAGGAAAGCAGAUCGAGAAGCCCAGUGUGGCUGCCGCGUCGGAUGAAGAGGAGAACGAGGAUGAUGAGGUCGAGCUGUCGUUCUCGUUCAGCAACAAGCGUCUUUGCGAUCGCUGGCUGGACAAUCUCUUUAUGGUGCUGUAUGAGGACUUGCGCCAAUACACGAUCUGGCGUGCAGAGGUGCAACACUUCCGGUCCGUGCAGGCGCCGUACCGCAAGUCAGGCACAGACUGGGAGAUCUAUGGAGAUUUGGCAACGCGUCUGCACCAUCGCGAGGAAGCUAAAGAUGCGUACCAACGCUGUGCGGAGCAAAAAUUCUCGGCAAAGGCACUGGUGCGACUCUUGGAGAUUUACGCCGAGGAGGGGCAGCUACUGAAGGCGAUGGAGGCCUCGAUCAAACUAUGUGUGUACCAGGAGCGUUGGUAUCACGAAACGAUUUUCCCCACGGCAAUCGCAUACAAUCUGAACAAGCUGAUCCAGUCUGAAGGCCUGGCGAAGGUGCAGAACACGCUGAUUGCGCUGAACACAUCUCCGGCGGUGUUCAAACUUAUGUCGAGAUUCCUUGCACGCGCAAAGACAUUUGAUGUCCCUGGAUCGAGCGCAUAAAGAACAGUUCUCUUCGUGCACGGAGUAGAUGAUUGGACAUAAAUAUAUUCUUAAAAGAAACAGCAAAAAUGUGGAUAUGCGAUCAUUCAAGUCAAACAAGAUUGUUGUUGUCGAAAGGUCCU